AUGAAAGUUUAUAUCAUAAUUCUCCUUAUCGUUCCCGGCAAAUGUUUAGGAAGUUUAGAAGUUUUCCAAAAUAAACUUGAAAGCGACGCUCUUGAGGAUAAUAGUUUGGUUCUAAAUUGUAUUAAAAAUAUCAUCGAAAUCCAAAAUAUAAAGAGCCUCCUGGUUAUCGGUAGACCUGAACAUUUUGUCAAUUUUGAUGUUUCAAUAAUUAGUGAAAAUGUUACAAUAAAAAUUUAUAAAAGGAUUAGCGGGUGGAAGAAUAUCGGGCGUGUGGUAGAGUUCAAGCGAAUAUCAUACCUCCUCAUAUUUAAUCGGUUUCAAGAAGUCGAAGAAUAUUUCAGAUUAUUACCAAAACUACGCUAUUUCAAUUCCCGUCUCCUUUUUAUUAUCGUUCCUCUGCAGAAUCCGACGCGAUUUGAAGUACAGAGAUGCAACGAAAUGCUAAUAAACCUGAAAAUUAUCAACUACUUGGUGGUAGCUAAAAAUGCGGAUAGCACUAAAGCAGAACUCACAACCAAUUUUCCAUACCGAAAUCGUAUGUGCGGAAACUACUCGGAGACAAACGAUGAAAUCAUUGCUAUCUUUGACGAGGAUAAUGGUUUACAGUAUCGUCUUCAAAAUAUCAAUCUGGACCUUUUCUAUAUAAGCGAAGUCCGCAGCAAAUUAUUUCCACCCAAAAUACCCAGAAGCCUGCAUGGAUGUGAAAUUCAAAUUGUUACCGGACUGUGGCCCCCAAAUGUCAUUGACAUCAAUCGUGAAAUCUUUCCUGGGAUCGAGAUAGAGUUUAUUAGAGUAAUUGCGCAACACAUGAACUUCGUCCCGAAAUAUUUAUAUAGGAACAAUGAUGCAGGAAGAUUUCUACCUAAUCGAACAUGGACGGGGUUCAUGGGAUAUAUUCAGAGGAAAGAAGCCGAUAUUGCAAUAGGUGCAGUGCACUUUGAUGAUAAGCGAUUCUUCAAUUUCGAUGUAUCUGGUUGGUAUCUUUAUAAUUACAUGCUCUGGAUCGUUCCACUGAUGAAAGCACCUCCAAAGUCGGCGAUAUUUGAGCACUUCAUAAUAAAUUCCGGUUUACUCGCUAAGGCACUGUUCAUUUCAAUAUUCCUUACCACUAUUAUCGCUAUGCUCAUCACAGCAAGAUUGGUCAAAACCAGAGAUACUAAAUAUUUUGGACAAUUAGGAUAUGUUAUUACAACUCUAAUCCGGAUGUUUCUAUCACAAACCCAUUCUGAUCCUCCAAGAACUGUUCAAGUUCGUCGUAUUUUCGGAUCAUGGCUUAUAUUCUGCACUUUUAUAAUAUUUUUCUUCCAAACUUCAAUAACUUCAUAUUUCAUGUCUCCUAGUAAAGCCAUUCAACUCGACGAUAUCGAGCAAGCUUUCGACUUAAAACUAAGGAUCUCCUACGAUUCAUAUUAUGAUCCAUUUGUUAGGAAUGCCAGCAGAGAUUUCGAGGUGACAACAAGAAAUGAAAAACUUCCGGUAAUACCAAGUCUAAAUUUGGUUGCAAAAGGAGAAGCUGUUACGUUCAUUGAUCGCCUAAGAGCUAUCUAUAUAUCCAAACAAUGGCUGCGUGAAGACGGAUCUUUGCCUAUUCGUUUGCUAGAGAAAGACCCAGUUCAUCGGUAA